GUCGGGCUCUCGCGGCUUCGGCUGGAACAGGAAGUGUAGCUCCACAAACUGCGCAUGUUCACGCAAGGCCUCUCGCUAUGUAAGGAUGACACCGAGCGCGGGCUAAACGGACUGUCAUACUCCUCAGUGUUGAAGGUUAUGGCAGAGACAGAAGUCACUGUGUCCGUGGAGGACAUGGUGGAGGUGAAGAGCGCUGAGGAAGAGGAUGCAGAUCCUGACAGCCAAAGCAAGACUCAGAUGAUCCUGCAGCUGCAGCCCAUCACAGCUGGGCUUGGAGAUGAAAGCAGUGAGACAGAUGCUGCAGUCGUGGCAGUGGAGACACAAGGUAACCAUGUCCCAAAACCUAUUAGUGGUGAUUGUAUUCUUUGUAUUAUGAAAGCAGGUCUUGCACAGCCAGUGCUGGGAUUACAUGUAAUCUGGAUUAUGAAGAUGAUGGACUCGGGUCAGCUGGAUUUCUAUCAGCACAGCACUCUCUGCACAAACACCUGCCGUAGCACCAAAUUCGACCUGCUGAUCAACAACACGCGCUUCCCACCGGUCGGCAGUGGACUCAGCACACCCACCACAGCUCAGGGGCAUGUUUCUGUGGGUAACGGAGGUCAGACGGCCACAGUAGAGGAGAAGAAAGAAGACGUGAUUGGUACGGUGGAGUGGAGCACAGCCACGGUAGAAAGCCCAGAGAAAAGAGACUCAACUGAGAUCUCAGAUGAGACACUGAGUUUCUGGAGGGGUAUCACUGAGGUGGGGCUGAUGGGGGAGGUGGUGUCCAAUAUCCACUCAGAGCUGUUGAGUCUGCUGAGAGGAGUUCAGCUACGCACCGAUCAGAGCUCUCUACAGGACGCAGAGAUUGCGGUUCUGAGUAACCUGGCACAAGUCUUUGACCUGCUGGACUCCAUCAAACAAAUUCUGAAUGUUCGGCGGCAAAUGACGGACCCGGAGCAGACGCAGGUCCUCAGAGCACUGACGACAUUGGAACAGCAGGUAGAGGAGCAGAAGCGGCAGCAGUCGUUCAACUGGUUGUCUCAAUCACAGGCCCUCAGCAGUCUGGUUCUCCCCUCCACUCCUCCAGCCAAACGCGCUCCCAAACGCCCCCGCCUCCAGCGGCCCGCCUCCACCACCGUGUUCGGCACAUCCAUAGCCCAGCCUUUCACCCUCCAGCCCCAGCAGUUCACCGUACUUUCCCCGAUCACCCUUUCCUCCAUCGGCCAGUCGUUCACGGUGGCCGGCCUCAGUCAACCAUCCAAUACGGUCACCCUACACGCUCUCCCCGCCGGCUCGCAGCUCUUCACGAGAAUCUCCGCAGGUUCGGAUGGAAAAACCGAAGCCAUCACCCUCCAUCCCACAUCUGGGCUCACGCUGCUGGGAGCCACAGCCGUGCAGGACCACGGACAGCUCGGGACGGUCAUGAGCCCCAUCGAGCUCAUCCAGUUGACGCAGAAGGCGACUGCUGCUGGUGUAGCCCAGGACGGUCAGGUGGUUGCAGGUACGGUAGUGAUGCAAGAGGGCGUCGUCAGUGUUGUGCAGGAGGACGAGAACCAGGACAACACCACCCUGAUCGAAAUAGACCCGGCCGCCGCCGACCACAGCGUGAGCGUCAUGGAGCUGCAGCUCGAGGGCGACGAAGCGGGGGGCGGCGCGACCGUGGUGGAAGGAGACGAGGAGCUAGUGCAAGGCGAAACGGAGGAGACGGGGGAGAUACAGCUGGAUGCCAAUGGUCAGGUCCACAAUUUGCCCAUUGUAGUGGUGGAGGAAGAGACACAGGACGCCGGCAAAGCCAAAUGAGACACCGACACGCUCACACAAACCGCCCUUUAGAGACUGACGGACCAAAUCAGACAGGGACCGGGAUUGUGUCGCCCCAGCUGUCUUGUUUUUUUUUUCAUUACUCACUUCCUGCACAGCCAAGCUCAGCUCUUCAAGCCUGACGUGUCACGUAUUUGUAUUUGUUCAGUAUUCCUUUUUUUUUUUUUUAUGUGCGAAAAGCAACAAUUUGUGAUGUUUUGUUGGAACACAUUCAAUAUUUGCUUUCGCUUCUGAGUGUGGAAAGUUAGAUCAGGCACUUACUUUUCAGUUUCUUUUUGUUUUGGUGCCAAAAUGUCACGUUGUAGCCAUGGCCAGAUAUCCAGUUUGUGAAUCUUCGAUCUGAAGGUGAAGACUAACAGUUAAAGUGAAAUUUAAGACACUCCCAUAAUGAGAAAUUACACUGUUUGUGGUCUCUAUGUACUUUCUGACAUCAGAGUAUAAAUGGCACUAAUGUUGGUGAUAUUUUAACACAGUGGUUUUUAACUCUGGUCCUGGGGACUCGCAGCACUUCACUUCAUGCAGCUCUGCUAAUAAUAUUAUAGUCUGAAUUGUGUGUAAAUAAGAGAGGCAAAAGCAUAGUGCUUUGGGUCCCCAGGAUCAGAGUUGGGAAUCAUGCCGUUAGCACACGUAAUGAAAGAUGCGUUGCGAAUGUUUGUGAAUGGAUCCCGUGUGUCCUUCACUGAAAAUAAAAUGCAUCUUCCUUUCCCCGUGAGUUAUAUUGUAAAUGAUGAUAGAUCGCGGGAUUGUGCAUUUCAAAGUCUGUUACAGUUUCAGAGUUAUGUUUUGAAAAGUAAUUGCAGAAAUACACUGUUGUUAAUUUUGCGAAACAAGUUAAUUUAUUGCAUUUAAAGAAAUUCUUCGUGCUACAUUUAUAAUUCUGUAAUGAUGUACUCACCCUCAUGUCAUUCUAAACUCACAGACCUGCUGUGGACCACAAAUGGAGAUGUUUAGCAGAAUGUUCAAACUUACGCAGU